UAUUAAAAUCACUACUUUGCAUCAAAUAACAGAAGAGCAAAGUAUAGUUUUUGUUUUAAAAGACUGUUUUCAAAGUACGUUUUCAUACUCGGCUUCAUGCAUCAUACGAUCCAUUCAUCACUUGAAAGAAUGUGUUUAGCAAUGUAAUCAUCUUGCUGUAACGCUUCCAGCUAAAGACAAGUUCCACCAACACACCUGACAGACACAAGUCCAGACAUAGCUGCAUUCCUCUAUCAGAAGAAAUUGCUAACAGUUGCCUCAUAAUGUUCUCCAAGCUGUGAGUUCGUUGUUUCGAAAUGAUGUGGAUUACUUAGCAAAUGCUGCAAAACUCUUAGCACCAAAGGCUUUACAUUUCUCUUUUACAAGUGCGGGUUUAACUCUUUAACGGUAUGGAUCCCUGUGAAAACUGGGCUUCUGCAGCUUUGACCAACUGGCUAACACACAUUGGAAUCAAUCACAUUGCUGAUAUGGUGAAAAGUGAAGAAAAUGCCCAAUCAGGACUGAUACCUCCACCAGUGGAUAGCAAUCAUAUGGAUUCCCUUGAUGUAUAUUACCCUGGUCCUCCGUUUUGCCUAUUAGAGCAAAGGGGAUAUCUCUAUGAACGGGGGUCCUAUGGUGAGAUUGAACUGUGUCAUGAGCAUUUUCCAUUAAACACAGAAGAAACUGAUGCAACUGAAGAAGAUAAAGAGCUACUUUUCAACCAUCCACCACAGGACAUCAUCGGGACUCCAACAUUUGAAAUGCGAGGUUCAGAGGAAGUAGCAACGGGAAAUGUGUUGCAGCGUUUAAUUCGGGAGCAUUUAAGGUAUGGGAAUCCAAAUGAGAACAUGAACUUACUGGCAAUACAGCAGCAAGCCGCAGGGAGUGCAGGACCAUCCAACGACAUUGGGAGCGCGCACUCUUCUACAGAAAACCUUGUGCAGGAAGAUCCACAAAUGGUCCACCAGUCAGCACGCCAAGAACCUCAAGGGCAAGAGCAUCAGGUGGACAAUAGCGUGAUGGAGAAGCAGGCACGGCUUGCUCUAGCACAGCAGAAUGUCGAUGAGUUACCAACCUACGAGGAAGCCAAAGCACUGUCUCAGUUCUUCAGAGGGCAACAACAGGCAACUGUUGCUCCUGGUAUAUACGUAGCUGGAGUUGCCAGUCAGAAAACCAGAACUGAGGGGAGACCGACAGUUAACCGAGUAAGCUCUGGGCAGGUGCACAAAGAUGAAGCACUGAAAGAACUUAAGCAAGGUCACGUUCGCUCACUUAGUGAGCGGCUAAUGCAGCUUUCUUUGGAAAGGAGUGGGGUAAAGUCCCAUCCUGCCGCCUCAAACAACAAGAUCACUUCCCAACAGUCCAACAAAACCUUCAAGAAUGGGGGUCAGCCAUCUCCACAGACCCCCACCACAGGAAUAGACUUUAGAGGCCCUCCCCCAGAAUACCCUUUCAAAGCCAGGCAAAUGUUUCCAACACUUAAUCAGCCUCACGAGCUGGGGCACUUUUACAGUGAUACAUCCUCGGGAAUUCUUCAUGAGUUGCCUAAACAAUAUUCUGGUACUCUUGCAAUUAGACAAGAAGCAACCAUCCUAAGAUACCAGUCACCACCAGAAUAUGGACCGGCAAGGCAAUGCCAGGUGUUUUGUCAACCACAACCAUUGCAGCAGCACAGUCCCAUGUCUUCCCAGAGCACCUUGGAAAGGAAUCAGUUGCAACUGGCAAUAAUACCGCCUGCGUCUCCCCAGCCCCAGCCAGCAUCUGUGUCAAACCAGCAACUUUCAGUUGACGCGGUUUCAAUUGUGGCACGUGCACAGCAGAUGGUGGAGAUGUUAUCGGAAAAAAACCGUGCCCUGUGCCAAGAACUGGAUGGUUUCUGUGAAAAGACUGUAAAGCUACAAAAGUUUGAAAUGGAAAUUCAGCGGAUCUCAGAAGCCCAUGAGAAUUUGGUGAAGUCCAGCACCAAACGAGAAACUCUGGAUAAAGCCAUGAGGAAUAAGCUGGAAGGGGAAAUACGAAGAUUACAUGAUUUCAACAGGGACCUCAGAGAUCGCCUGGAGACUGCCAACAGACAGAUAGCCUACAGGAUGUAUGAUGAUGCUGAGGAUGACAUGACGAAAGAGAACCAUUACACAACACAGAACAAGGAGUAUUUGAAGGAAAAGGAAAAGCUGGAAAUGGAACUGGCCACAACACAUUCAACCAAUGAAGACCAGAGAAAACAUAUUGAAAUUUUGGAACAGGCACUGAACAGUGCACAGGCCAAGGUGGUCAAAUUGGACGAGGAGUUGCGGAAGAAGCAGAUGUAUGUGGACAGGGUGGAGAGGCUGCAACAGGCCCUGGCACAACUGCAAGCAGCCUGUGAAAAGAGGGAGCAGAUGGAACGGAGACUGCGUACUCGACUGGAGAGGGAGCUGGAAUCUCUCCGAGUGCAACAGCAGCACGGUGGUCCCCUGAUGGCCAAUGUUCCCGAGUACAACGCACCGGCACUGAUGGAGUCGUUACGGGAAAAAGAGGAACGAAUCCUGGCCCUGGAGGCUGACAUGACCAAGUGGGAGCAGAAGUAUUUGGAAGAAAAAGCAAUGAGACAUUUUGCUAUGGAUGCUGCUGCCACAGCUGCUGCUCAGAGGGACACCACUAUAAUAAAUCACUCGCCAAACAGCAGUUACAAUGACAAUUCACUGGAUGCACAAAGUUGGAAGGAAGAAGAGGAGAGAAUACAAUCAAAUCAGAGACACCAAGACACAGAACACAGGUUAGCAGAAAUAACCGGAUUUGGCUGCAUUUCGAAUAGAAUAAAAAACCUUCAUGCACAGCUAAUCGAGAAAGAUGCCAUGAUCAAAGUGCUCCAGCAGCGAUCACGGAAGGAGGUGGGAAAGCUUGAAGCAGGGUCUCUGAGGCCUGGCAGGUCAUUUCCCUCCACACAUGGGCUGCAUUCUCGCCAGACGUCCCUCAGCAAUUCCCAAAUAGUGGACGGGAAAAAGGAGGAAAACCGUUGGACCGGAAGUGCAGGGAUGCUUACUGCUAAAGAUGGUCAAGAAAACAUUUUGUCCGCCCCUCUUCAGACAACUGUACUCUCAAUUCCAGUAGUUUCCACACACAGCAAGACUGGCAGUAAGGACAACAGUACGCAGACUGAUAAAAGUCCUGAAUUGAUCCGUCCAAGUAGUGCUCCAAUCCAUGGUAGAAGGCGCCUCAACACUACCCCUGUUGGCAGUCCCGUCGUCAGACCUAAAUCGGCACGUAGCUGUACUGAGAGAACAGAUACAUCCACCAUGCUUACCCGAUCAUAUGACAAGAAAGGAAGAAGUGGCUAUUUUUCCUACAAACCCAACCUUGAUGGAGAUGUGGUUGAAAUCCUCAUUUAAAAACAGGAUACAGCUCACUACUGCUGCUCAGUCUACAGAUGUACGAAGCUUGCACUAAAGACACGAGUAUCAUAAAGACAUGGAUCAUCAGAAGUUGUGAAAAAAAACAUUUUGUCAAAGAAGAAGGACGCUGUUUUGGAUGUAGAUGUAUUUGUGAAAUUGUUUGCGCAUAUGCUGUAUAUAAGAUGGAAGUGUACUGAGCAAAGAGGAAGGCAGUGGAUGAGAUGGAAAGUAUGGGAUGCGUGUUUGUUAUUAUUGAAAUGCAUUUGAUGGAGCUGUAAACUCAAAUGACAUGAGCUAGGAGCACAAUAAUCUGAGCAACCUGUUUCAUUGUAAUAUACCUAUGCACUUAUCUUCUAUUCAUAUCAUAGUGGAGCAGUUUUUUGUGGCUGCUUUGCACUUUUCCUGAACUCACGACCAUGUGUUUAUUGAUAUUAACGGUAUAAGGUAGCACCUUUACUGCUUUUCAGUUGUGCAACUAUUGCCAUAUUAAAAACACAAAUGAACAGGCACCAAGCUGCCACUGUGUAAACCU